AGGAAGAAUUGAAUUGCAUGAUCGAUACAGCUCUCAAAUUUCUGGUCAAAUCCUUCAUCGAUGUCCAUUCAAACUUCAAACUUGAAAACCCUUCGUAUCAUCAUCGUUAAUUACCCAUUAUUAUUAUAUUCAUUGUUCAUCAUCAUUGCAAUAAUUGUGUGCUCUUCUCUCUGCUUCUUCCUCUUUCUUCUUCACAUGUCUAUCUCCAUAUCCACUUUCUGACGCAACACAGCCCAAAUGAUCCAAAACCAACUCUUCUCUUUUUUCUUCUUCGUCUUCGCCUUCACAUCCAGAUUCACCUUGUGUUCGUCUCUGAACUCAAACUUCGAAGCUUGUCAGCCAGCAACCUGCGGCAAACACCGAAUAACCUACCCAUUUUACAUCGAAGGCCGACAAAAACCCUUCUGUGGGUACCCAGGUUUCGGGCUUUCUUGUUCCGGUAAUGGCUUCCCAAUCGUUAGUGUCUCCAAUACCCAGUACAUCAUCCAUGAAAUUUCUUACCCCAACCAAUCAAUUCGAGUGUCCGAGGCUGCUAUCUCUAACCGCAGUUCCUGUGCGAUUCCUCGUAAUCACAACCUCACCCUUGAUGGAACCAGAUUCAGUUUCGGUCCGAACCAGAGCGACCUGUUCUUGGUGUUCGGGUCAUGCAACACGGGGUCGCUGCCGGAUAAUCUUUUGAAGUACAGAAUUGGGUGUUCUGCAGAGAAUGAAACGAUGCCGGUUUUGGCCAUGACGGAGGAGGGUGGAGAUUUGAGGUCUGCGACGGAGAAGUGUAAUGGUGUGGUGGUGAAGACGAAGAUAGAAAUUAAUGGAACGAAGAAAGGAGAGAUUAAGAAUGGAGAUUUGUUGAGAAGAGGGUUUGUAUUGAAUUGGACUGUGUCAAGCUGUAGUUUGUGUGAGAAGACGGGAGGGAAGUGUGGCUUCAACGCCGAGCCAGAGGUUUACAGCUUCAAAUGCUAUUGCCCGGAUAGAGAUCAUGCUCUGAAAUGUGAUCCUGAGGAUAAGAGCAGGGUUCUGAAGCUGGGACUCGGAAUAGGAUUAGGUAUUGGGCUUCCAGCCAUUCUGGCGACCGUGUGGCUCAUCGGAUGGUGGUGUUACCGGAGAAAACAUGGUUUAGAUGAUGAUCAGUACUUAGAACCCAGAAUCUCUUAUUCUGGUGUCUACUCAAAUUCAGAGCUAGAAAAUGGCAAUAUCUACUUAGGAGUCCCACUGUUCUCUUACAAGCAGCUUCAAGAAGCAACAAACAACUUUGACCAAGCAAGAGUACUUGGAGAUGGUGGCUUUGGAAUUGUUUACUAUGGAAAACUUCGUGAUGGACGAGAAGUUGCUGUCAAACGGCUAUACGAACAUAAUUACAGACGAGUAGAACAGUUCAGGAAUGAAGUGAAGAUACUUGCACAUCUACGCCACAAAAAUCUUGUGUCUCUCUAUGGCUGCACUUCGCGCCAAAGUCAAGACCUUCUUCUUGUCUACGAAUAUAUCUCAAAUGGCACUGUUUCUUGUCACCUUCAUGGUGAUUCCUCAAACCCCAUGUCGUUGCCAUGGAAUAUUCGCAUCAAAAUUGCCAUAGAAACUGCAAGCGCCUUGGUUUACCUUCAUGCUUCAGACAUCAUCCAUCGUGAUGUCAAGACCAACAACAUCCUUCUUGACAACAAUUUUAACGUCAAAGUUGCUGACUUUGGACUUUCUAGAUUGUUUCCUAAUGACGUGUCUCAUGUUUCCACAGCUCCACAAGGAACGCCAGGUUAUGUAGACCCAGAGUACUACCAAUGUUACCAACUUACUAGUAAGAGUGAUGUGUAUAGCUUUGGAGUCGUUCUUAUGGAGUUGAUAUCUUCUAAACCAGCAGUUGAUAUCAGUAGAAAUAAAGAUGAAGUGAACUUGUCGAGUUUGGCAGUGAAGAAGAUUCAAGAGAGUGCAUUUGUUGAGCUGGUAGAUCCAUGCUUGGGGAUUGAGAAGGAUAGUGAGGUGAAGAGGAUGGUAGUUUCUGUGGGAGAAUUGGCAUUUCAGUGUUUACAGAGAGAUAAGGAUUUGAGGCCUUCCAUGGAAGAGGUUUUAGAAGCUCUCAAGAGGAUUCAGAGUGGAAAAGGUAAUGAGGUUGAGAAUCUUGAAGAUGGUGGGAUUUUUGAUAGUGAAAGUGUGAGUCCAUCAGGGCCACCACCACCGCCAUCGCCGCCUUCAAUGUCGCCGGAGAAGGAAGAGGUUGGCUUGUUGAAGAAGGUGAACCUGCUUCCUCCUUCGCCCAAUACUGUGACUGAUAAAUGGAGAAGUGAAUCUUCAACCCCUAAUAUCAGUUGUUGAUUGAUGCUGUUGUUUCAAGAGACAAAUGUAAAUGAGUAUGAAAUUGGGUCACGAGUUUCUGAUCCAUCCUUCUAUUAUUUUUAGGAUGCUUAUAUUAUACCGACCAUCAUAUACUCUUCUUAUACUUGAGGGAAGAUGUAGUUAAAUUAUAUAAAACGACAAAGAGGCGAAAAAGAGAGAGACGCAGAUUGUACAUGUUCCCCCCCCCUCCCUAAAAAAAAGGGUAACUAAAAUGAUUCACCUUCUAA